GAAGCACCCGCGUGCAUUCAUUCGAUUGCGCGACGUACUCACGGUCGGUUCGGUUCCCAGAAGGGUGGUUUCUUUUCUUUUUCCGCGUAAGCGAACCGUAAGCGUCCUUCCCGUGCCUCUUCUAGCACACUGCCCGUUUCCUCACCUGUCCCACCUGCGUUACAACGGUGGGUGUACGUGCGUGCGAUUUCCACUCGACUGUGCCAGUGUUUGUGUAUUUUGUAAGGUGUUUUUUUUCUUCCUCGGUUGUGUUGUGGGAGGCUCCUCGAAGGAAAAGCCUUUCCGGGAAGCGGGUUGCGUGAGAAGAAAGUGACCGGUUUUGUUUUUCUGUGCGUUGUAAGGCCGUACUAUUCUGGAUAGCAUCUUCUAGCUUGAAGUGUAUGUUCACAGUGUUCGUCGUGUGUUUCAGUGUUUAGAUAAUUAAUGCAAUCGAAAAUGCAACCCGUCCGUUUCCUGUCCAGUCUGUUGCUGUUGGUGGUGUGCACCGUAUUCACAGCUACCGGACAGACCGUAGACACUGAGCCACGCUCGAUUACCGUGGUAGAGAAUCAGGAAAAUGUUAACCUUCACUGUCGGAUAGGCCGUGCGGCACAACUUUGUCUCAUUCGAAUGCCGGGAGUGAAUGAUCAGUUUACGCUAGCUCCGAACAUAAAUUCACCCGUAGCCGGUAUGUCCUACUAUGGCGAAGGUCUGGACAAAGGUUCCUGUGGAGUUCAUAUCGAUCGAGUUACUGCUGAAAAUGCCGGCUUCAUGAAUUGUACCCUGUUUGUCGACGGCCGCGGUUUGACAGGUGCCAUCGAGAUUGUUGUUGCCUUCCCACCGGAACAGCCUACCAUUGAGGUCGUCUCGGGUAAUGUGAACAAUCUGGAGGUUAACAGUCAGCUUACCUUCCGGUGCAUCUCGGCACGCGGAAAUCCUGCGGCAAAGUUGGCAUGGUUUUUGGAUCAGGAACCAAUUUAUGAAGGUGUGAAAUUGGACAAACCGGAAGAGUACUUUGACGAGCAGUCGAACAAACGAUACUUCACUGCCUCAUCCACGCUGACGCGCUCGAUUCGAGCAGAAGACAAUGGCAAACGUUUAACGUGCCAGGCUGAACAUAUCGCCUACUCGGACAAACUGUCCCGUACCGAUCUCAUCAUGAACGUUAACUUCCAACCGCAAGCAUUGCCCGAACAGAUCGUUUAUGGACUGCAGCUGGGACGCACGGCAACGGCCAGUAUGGUGAUCAAAGCAAACCCUUCGCCACGAGUGCUGUGGAACAUUGAUGGAAUGGAUUAUCACCAAGGAACCGAACAGGGCCGAUACGCCGUACCGAUUCCGGAAGCAUUGGGUAACAAUCACUACAACGUCUCGCUGACCAUUGCCGGUCUCACGCUGGAAGAUCUCUCGAAGGUGUACGUGAUGCGUGCGUCGAACAACUUCGGCACGGAAGACUAUCGGCUGAGCCUGCGCUCGCAGGACGAAGUUUUCAGCGAAUCGAGCAGCUUCGGUACGGGUGAAAUCGUUGGUCUGGUGCUGGCGGUACUGAUCGUCCUGUUAGCUGUCGCACUGAUCUUUAUUGCUCGUGCUACCGGUAGAUGGUGCUUCCGAGGCGCUUCCCUCAAUACCGAUAUCAAUCCGGACUCUGAGGCACAGAUUACACCGCACCCGCACGAUGACGAGAUUGACGAGCGGCAGCAAACGCACGACCCGGCCGCCCACUACGUGCACGAAGGUGACGAGAAGCAUGCGGCCACUAAUGGGAAGCACGAGAAUGGGAAGCAAACAAAGGCGCAACAGCAGCAACCGGCGGCAACAGUCGUCCCACCGGUCGCCCCAACCAAGCAGGAGAAUGGCAAAACCGAUAGCAAAACGAACACAUCCGUGUAGAUUUCCAGCGUUGUGAUUUUGUGAACGUAGGGGGGACGGGGGAAAUAUUAGCCUUCGUUUGUGUCCGACAUUCAAGAAAAUCACACCGGUGAAAGUGUGGUAUGCUCCGGUGUAGACAACAGAAAAAACCACGAAAAUAUAGAGUAACAAAACAACAAAGCCACAACGAGAAAGCGAGAGAUACGGUAGAGGAAGAAGAAUAGGGAACUAAUUAACGACUCCUUGUAAAAACGUGCAUCAAUGAGGAUCCGUUGAAUAGGGGGAAAAAAUGAAUCGAAAGAAGAAACACUUUAGCCAGGGAAAAUAGAAAACACGGAAGAAUGCUUCAUUCAAGACAAAAACAACCUCCAAGACAGCAAAAAUAUGGACAGCUACAGCAUGGAAAUUUCGCUUUCUCCAAAAGUAGAGGAAGCUCAAUUCGUUUUCGCGUAUGGCGGGGGCUUUUUUUUUUGGAACUCCAUUUUGGGUCUCUUCUUUUGUCGGUUUUUGGGAAAAUUUAGCUCAAUCUAAAACAAAACAUCGUUUGAGUUUUCCCCCCUCACACCCUCUUUUUGAUUAAUGCAUACCACAAACAAAAGGAAUCGUUUCGACGAUACUCGUUUUCUCAUUUUGUUAUUUUGUGUUUCUUUUACUUAAUAGCUGUAUUUGCUGCUUGUGUUUGUUUGCGUUUCUAGCGUAACAAAACAUAAUGAUUGAAAUAAUCGAAUCUCAUUGAGAACCAAGGGGAAGUAAUUAAACCAACCAAGAAGCAUUGAAGCGAAAUCUCCUCUCCUUGCGAGACGCGAGAUAUGGCAGAAGAAAAAGGAGAAGAAAAAAAGGUUUCCAAUUUAGAGCUUUCCUCAGGCAGCGCGUGCUUAAAGUGUUCUAGGAAGAGUAAAAAAUUUUGAUUAAGAAACGAUUCUCACUGCUGAUGUGUUCGUGUGGCAGAGUUUGGUGGAACGAAAAUGGUGAACUGUGUAGAAUGUAACAUACUUUAGCAUUGUUGGGUAGGGAAAACAAAAUGAAGUAAUAUGUAUACGCGCAACUGGAAAGGAAAGAAAAACGUAGCCCCAAAGUGAACGAUUGCGUGGAAAAUGAAUUCCAGUUCUUAGGCAGACCCCAUCCUGGGGGGGAUUAUACACAUUCGAUGGAAAUCAAACAAUUGGCAUUUUUUACGUAAAUAUUUCCAAGGUUUUGUCCCCUGUAACGUACUUAAAAUUUUGUUCACUAAGAUGCGUUUGAAAAGCGAGAACAAAAACAAACAAAUUCCAUCCAUAAUUCAGUUCCUUGCAAAGUGGAACGAUACACGAUACAUACUUAAGGACAAACUGGACAUAAGCCGACGUACGUUACGGAAGGCGUGUGUUUGUGUUUAGGGUUUAGUUAGAUAGAAUGCACCGGUUAGCGUAUGUGUUUAGCAAGGAGCUAGUGUUUUUGGUCGGCCAUUUUGGAUCGAAACCACAAAGCUAUUUAAACAUUAGGAAACGAUACUUCUAAUUUCAUAAGCGCUAAAUGUUUUUUUCCCCCCCUUAGAGUAAGCUAUUUGCACAAAGUGUCCAUAUUCAGGAAAAACAUUAGGAGUACGUUUAAUUUUUAUUUUUACUUUUUAAUACCAAUCACCAAUACCCCACCACUACUGCUGCUACUAACUACUGCGCACGAACUAUUGGCAGCCAUUUACGUUGCAAUGUGUGGUUGGGAAAUCUCUUUACGCUAGUAAGAGCUUUGUUAGAAUUUUUAUGCGAAACGACAAUGUAACGGUGAAGAAAAUCUUUUCCCCAGCCUUUUUUUUUUUUGGUUUUCAUAACAAUAGAAUGUUCUAUUUCCUAUAACUGAGUAAAACAAAUCUACAAUUCAUGGCGGCUCUCGAAUACUAAAGCACCAGCAAUAGAAAUUAAAUGUGAAACACUUUUGCCAACACAAUGCGUUGGUUAGCAUAGAAGCAACAAAAAACACGGUCGGUGGUGCAACGAAAACACUGGAAGAACAAUCUCAAGCAAAUGAAGCGUUUUUUAAACUUAUUCCUUAAUUAUUUUUUUUAUAUAUAAAUUGUAUAUAUUUGGAACGAAUAAAAAGCUAUAAAACUUA